GUAUUAAGGCAAGAAAUGUUAGGUGAUAUUAGAUAUUCGAUUUUAACAUUAGAGCAAUUCCAGAAAUUGUACGGGAAAGGAUGGAUCCUUAUGGAUGGCUCGUCGAUUGUAGGAAGUGAUUUACAAAAAACAUUCAAUUGGAAUACGGUUCCUGAUGCAAGAGGUCUUUUUCUUCGAGCCAAAAAUAAUGGAAGGUGUGAUGGGAUACAAAAUCCGGAAGGAGAACUAAGUCUGGGUCAGAUUCAAGAAGAUGCUAUAAAAUCCCACAACCAUAUUG